AUGCGGAGUGCUCGCCAACAUAACGAGCACACCCGUCUCCGCCGUGUAUUUCGCCGAACGUUAGAGGCUCGAGGCUCUGAGCUUGAUGCUCGCUCUCCCCAGUUCGGCUUUGGUUUUGGAAAUGAUCGUGGGCGAGGGGAUGGUCGAGGCAAUGGUCGGGGCGACAGUCGUGGCAGGAACCACUCACCUUCCAGAGGACGAGGACGAGACCGGGAUCGCGGUGGAAACGAUAGGAAUAGUGGGGGCGGAAAUUGGUGGACUGGUAAUGGCAAUGGGAACGGUAAUGGGAACGGGAACAACGGAGGCAACAAUCCCCCUCCAGCCCAACCUCCGGCCCCAGCGAUAACGACUCCGCAAGCACCUGCUCCAACUCCCGCACCUGCUCCUCCUUCAGGAAGUAACAAUAACUCAAACUCUGGAAAUGAAAACGGCAGUUCGAAUUCCGGAGGUAACUCUGGUACUUCUGGCUCUUGGGGAAACGCAGGUUCCGAUGCUUCGGCAAACGAUCCAGGAGUAAAUCGACAAGUUUCAAGUGCCAUUGGAACGCCUUCGACCUCUUCAACAAGCACGACCAUCCGAGGCGGUCGUGUUUCGACUGGAACCACCCUUCCAACCGAUGUUCCUAUCACGGGCGCUCCACCCAUUUCCACGAACGGGCCUGUGGACGAUGCUAUCCAGCCGCCAAACACCAUCGCCCAGACAGGCGGGGCUAAGAAGGGUAUAUCUGGGGGCGCAAUUGCGGCAAUUGUUGUCGUCAUCCUCCUGCUCGCCCUCCUCUUGUUCGUGCUGGUUGCCCGAAGAAGAUGGGUGGCUCGCCGUCACGAUCGUCUGCGCAACUGGUGGAUCAACAGGAGGCGAAACUCCCGCACGUAUGAUGACAAGUACGGUUUCCCAGACGAGAAGAAAGCACUCCCUCCAACCCCAACGGAAAGCGCGUUCGCCAGAAAUUUCGAACGUUCUGCAAGCCCAUUGGGCCUCAACAGUAUCGUUCCAACUGCGCCACCGGUGGCUGAAGUCCGUCGACUGCGAAACGGUUCCGACGCCCAUCUUGUCGAUCCGACUAAUAGAGAUCGGUACUCCAUUGGAAGCAUCAACAGCAAUGAUUCCUUUGUUGUCCAUGUUCCAACCUCACAAUCUCAUCGGGUCUCCGGUACCGAGUCCUUCAAAUUCCCCAAGCCUCCCAGCGACCGGGCAACGGAAGCUACCUCCGUUCAUUCCAGGUUCGGCAGCAACAGCAGCAAUGCAACAUCGUUCGCCGCUGUCUGUUCAACGCCACUGACCAAGACCCAUCCCACGAGCUCGCUGUCUCGUCCACCGUUGACACGAACAGGCGGAGGCCGCUCUGAUACCAUCCCCAAUCCAUUUGCAGACACAGACAGCGCGUCCUCCAUUCACAACCCAUUCGCAGACGAUUCACUGGACGGUCACUCUGCAGUUGGAGUGGCCAAUUUCUCCGAGAUCGAGACCAUCCGUCGUUCAUUCAGGCCAUCCUUGAAGGACGAGCUGGCCGUGAAACCAGAUGACAAGGUCAAGAUCAUCCAAACCUUUGACGACGGCUGGGGUCUAGUCGAACGGCUGGAUGGCUCUGGCCAAAAGGGUCUCAUUCCUUUAGCCUGCCUCCGCGAAGCUGGCGAGGAGCUUUCCAGCCUUCUCAACACCAAACGCGUCCAGAGUUUCCACGCAAAAGUUUCCAAUCAUAUGGGUUGA